CGGGCGCCGCCCCCUGCUCGCCUGUCGGCGGCGGCGGCGGGAGCGAUGGCGGACAGCGCCAGCGAGAGCGACACGGACGGCGCCGGCGGCAGCGGCGGGGGCGGCGGCCCGGCGGGGCCGAUGACGGCGGGCGGCCCGGCGGCCGGGCCCGGCUCGGGGGCGGCGGGCGGCGGCUCGGGGGGCAAGGCGGGCGGGAUCGUGAUCUCGCCGUUCCGGCUGGAGGAGCUGACGAACCGCCUGGCCUCGCUGCAGCAGGAGAACAAGGUGCUGAAGAUCGAGCUGGAGACCUACAAGCUCAAGUGCAAGGCGCUGCAGGAGGAGAACCGCGACCUGCGCAAGGCUAGCGUCACCAUCCAAGCAAGGGCAGAGCAGGAAGAGGAAUUCAUCAGUAACACUCUAUUUAAGAAGAUUCAAGCUCUGCAGAAAGAAAAAGAAACACUUGCAGUAAACUAUGAAAAGGAAGAGGAAUUUCUCACUAAUGAGCUCUCAAGAAAGCUGAUGCAGCUGCAGCAUGAGAAAGCUGAACUGGAGCAGCAUUUAGAGCAGGAACAGGAAUUUCAAGUGAACAAACUGAUGAAGAAGAUUAAGAAACUGGAAAAUGAUACCAUUUCGAAGCAGCUCACCCUGGAGCAGCUAAGACGUGAGAAGAUUGACCUUGAAAAUACUUUGGAACAAGAACAAGAGGCACUAGUGAAUCGUCUCUGGAAGAGGAUGGAUAAGCUUGAAGCAGAAAAACGAAUUUUGCAGGAGAAACUAGACCAGCCAGUAUCUGCUCCACCAUCACCCAGAGACAUAUCAAUGGAGAUAGAUUCUCCAGAAAAUAUGAUGAGACAUAUCAGAUUUUUAAAGAAUGAAGUGGAGAGGCUAAAGAAACAACUGAGGGCUGCACAGCUACAGCAUUCGGAGAAGAUGGCACAAUAUUUAGAAGAGGAGAGACAUAUGAGAGAAGAAAACUUGAGACUUCAAAGAAAAUUGCAGAGGGAAAUGGAACGUAGGGAAGCACUCUGCAGGCAACUGUCAGAAAGUGAAUCCAGCUUAGAGAUGGAUGAUGAAAGAUAUUUUAAUGAGAUGUCUGCACAAGGAUUAAGACCUCGCACUGUGUCCAGUCCUAUCCCUUAUACACCCUCACCAAGUUCUAGCAGACCUAUAUCACCUGGUCUGUCAUAUGCAAGUCACACAGUUGGUUUCACACCACCAACUUCACUGACUAGAGCUGGAAUGUCUUACUACAAUUCCCCAGGCCUUCAUGUGCAACAUAUGGGACCAUCCCAUGGUAUUACAAGGCCUUCACCACGAAGAAGUAACAGCCCUGACAAAUUUAAACGUCCCACUCCUCCUCCUUCUCCAAACACGCAGAGCCCAGUGCAGCCUCCUCCGCCACCACCUCCGCCACCUGUGCAGCCCACGGCCCAAUCCGCAGCAUCGCAGUCAGCCACUUUUCAACAUUCAGUGCAUCCCUCCUCUCAGCCUUAGUGCAUGUGCUCAGCAGUCUGUAUGUCAGAAGUGGACUCAUAACAUGGAGCAGUUUACUAAAAGCCAAAGGCUUACUUGGCAUAUUUGGAUUUGACUUAUUUGCACUGAGGUUAUAUAGGCUUCACUGUUAAUUGUGUUGUAAACGUUUGUAUAAAAUGCAGCCGGUGUUGUGGGUCUACAACACUAACUUAAAAAAGUUUUCCAUCAGUGUUUACUUGAACUACAUGUAUGUCCAUUCUCUGGCUGGAACAUUUGCUACUCUUGUUUGGUAAUACGGCAUUAUGUCGUUUUGCUUGGCUCCAAAGCUUAAUUUUCCUGGCUUUUAGGUUUGUUAAAUUAAAGGGAUACCUUUUUAUAUUUUUUCAUGACAAUUUGCAGAAAAUUAAAGGCAUGAUGGAUUAUAUGAUAAAUUCUGAAAUAUUACAGUGUUUACCAAGCUUAUGGAAAAUCAGCACUACGUUUCAGUCGUUGGAAGUAAGAGCUUCUAGUGCAAAAGUGAGUCAGACACCCUAAACAGUGCCCAAGACACGUACUCUGUUGUAUUAUGCAGUAAGUAAGCUUAAUUCAGCACACAGGACACGUCCAUACUUCUCCUGUUGAAAAGCACCUCAAACGUAUGGUACCGUCUGAAUUUUACAGUGAGGGAACUGGCUUGUUGGAGUCUGUGGAAUGUACGAUUCAUGAACCUUAAGGUUUGAUGAUUUCACUUGACACUUAUGUUAAUCUGUAAGCUGCCCAUACUAUGUGAUCUGUCACAACUAACUUCAAUCAGUGUGGCCCUGCCCACAGGUCACUGAUAGCUGAUUAAAGUGUGCUCUUUGAUUUUUAUUUUUUUUUUGCUGCAGAAGGCGAUGUGAUUGUAGAGAACAACUGAUGAUCAUUUUCUUCUUGUCAAAAUAUAUUAAUUGUGAUUCCCCUGAAGCAAAGUUUGAACAGGUAUUCUGAACGUUCAACAUGAGCACAUAUGUUAGAACGUAAGAUGAGCAUAUAGGAAUAUAUCUGCGUAAUAGCCAAAGUGUUGUAUUGCUUGGUAGAAACAGAGUACAAGAAAGUAGCACAAAAUGGCACUGAUGAAUGCUUAUUUAGCAGCCUAAGCCGGUACAAUGUAUAAAGAAAUGUAUUCUGAAUACAUUCUUUCCAUUCAUUUAGCACAAAUAAAUUGGUUUCACUUUGCAGUGGAACAAAGUGUCACUUCUUCAUAUUGACAUCUUAGUUACAUUUUUCCUGAGGUUCCUGUUGAGUACUGAGGUUUAUAUAUUAUUGAUGAUUUUAAGUGGUUUACCUCAUAUAUAUGGGUAUGUGGGCCAUGGAAAAUGACAAGAGAAUGUUUAUUUUAUGAGAAUAUGUAUCUGGCUAUAAUCAGAGCAGAACAUGAGUAAUUUAUCUUUUGUUUACAAAAGUUUGUUUUACAUGCCUAAUGUUUUAUUAAGGACAUUUUUAAGAAGGAAGUACAGCAUUCUGGUAGUAUACUAAUAUUUGUACAUAUAUUUUCAUGUUUGCUGCUCACCUAUUCAGAAAAUUGCAAACUAAAAAUCUUUAUAAAAUUAGUGCUCCAAAUCAAAAUGUUAAGUUAAAGUAAUGUUGUAAAAGGUUCAACUUAAGACAAAACUAGAAUUUCUUCACUGUAGCUGUGUAGUUUUAGCUCUGAGAAAAUUUAGAGAAAUUGAUAUGUAGUCUAUUACACUUAAACCAAUAUGGGAUCAAGUGCAUUAUCAAUUACAGUAGUUAUGGUAGUGACUUUCCAAUCACGUGAUUCUCAAGAUUGUGGCAGACCUAAAAUUUAACCAGUGCUUCCGUCUGGAAAUAAUUGACUGUAGCACAUGCUCACCUUUUGUAGAGGAAACUCAGCUGUGAACAUUGUAAUUAAACAGCUCCUGAAUCAGUGGAAGGAUUGCAUGUGAGAAAAUUAGAGUCAGAGGUGGGACUAAAGUCAAGAUAGGAUUGGUUUAGUUUAACGCUUUUGUAAACAUAAGACAAAGAAAAAAUAGAUUAUUUUGUAAGUAGGAUGUCAGGUCAAGUACACCACUCUUUAAAAUGGUGUCCUCCUUUCUGAAGAGCUUUGGGAUUCUUGGAUGUACAGCUCUAUAGAGUGUGAGCUCAUAGUGGUAGUAAUAUAAAUGCAGGAGGGAGGGAGAAAAGCCUUUGACAGUGUUGUUUUAAGACCUUAAAAUGGAAAUUGCCUAGAAUAACUUACAUUUGAUGCAUAUUAAAAAAUGGUAUUUGUGUAACCCAAGUUCAGCUGCUAUUAAAAAGUGUCUUAGUGAACUCCUUACUAUUCCAGUGGCACUGGUACUAGAGGAAAGUAAAGAACUGACAAAUGUGUACUAAAUCCUGAAAGUGUAACAAGGCGCUAAGUUGGCCUUAACUGAAGAACACUGAACAGACAUUUGCUUGCAAUCAGAAGUGUUGAACUUUAUUUGUAGACUUUUUGAAUAAGAUGAGGAAUUGUGCACAACCAUCUCCUAAUAAAUAUAAAUGGAUUUUCAGUUUUCCUUGUGAAUUAUAGUUAUGAAUGAUGUGAUUUUAUCAGAUCCGUAGAUGGGAUAAACUCACUUGACAGUGAGGGUCCAGCUUACCAUGAGGGCUUAAGUGGUUGACUUUUUCUCAGAAGCACCUGGUAGUGUUCUGCUGUCCUUUGCAUUUCUAAUGAAACUGUCAGUUUCACACUACAACUGCCAGUUGCACUCUACAUCCUCACUAGUUGUGUAAGGCCACAGAAACAAUUUUUAGCUCUGGUGAGCAUCUUGUGAGUGCACCCUUCACAGCUAAAGACUUUUUAAACAAACAAACAAAUCUUUAUUUUAACUGUGCCAGCAGUGCUUUCCCCUCUGACAAUCAAGCAGCCUUCUUUUUUUUCUCUCAAAGGAUCUGGCUUGGACACUGGAAUGCAGCUGAUACUCUGUAGAGCAUUAAGAGCUUACUUUAUCCACGAUUUGUUCCAGAGAAGUUCUUUGGAAGAAGAGUUGGGACUGUUUGAAGAUAGUGUUCCAGCUAACGGCCAGAUAAGAUUGUUUUAAUGACAUGUACUCCUCUGAGAACAUAUUCCCAAGGGCAAAAAGGACUACCGGAGUUUUUCAAGAAAGUGUUAGUGCUUUUCUGUUGGCAGUGGCUGCACUGGACCUGGACAGAACCUUUCCUGUUGCAGUGCUCUUGUUCAGGUAUCCAUCUGCCUGGGUGGAAUCCCUUUGCACUUCAGCUGAAAGUAAAAUGCAGUCUUGGAAGCAAAAACAUGAGAAAGCUUCCUGGGGCCUGUGUGAUUUGCACUGCUAACAGGAGACAAUUUAGGCUCCGUAUAUUUUGUUAAAUAAAUAGAAACUGAUCACACAGAAAAAUAAGAGGCUUUGAAUACUCUUUCAAUCAAAGAAUGUAGUCUCUUGUGCUCAGUAUUGAUUGUUGCUUACUAAGACGAUGAGUCCAGGGACCUUAUUUAAGUCUUGCAGUGCAUUUUCUAAUCCUAAUGCUUAGUUUUACAAGCAGCAUGAGUUCUAAUACUGUUCAGUUCUUUUUGAUGUUUCCUUUUUGUUUCAGUCAUAGCAGUCUAUUUCUUUUUGAUCCUUGGGAGUGUACAGAGCAUAGACUGUGCAGAUCAUAUUUCUCCAGUUCAAGCAUCUCGUAAGAAACCAGAAGGUUUAUGAGUGUAAGCUAUAAGGUUAUAAUACACGCAUAUGUUACAACAGCCUCCUUGAGGGGAAAGAUCUGUCCUCUUCAAAAGAGAGAAAGCAGAGCUACUAAGUACCAAAUGGACUAUAUGCAUAGAGACAAUCUGGUUGCCUCAGUUCCCUGAGGAGCUGAAUUUCUCUUUCAGCCCUUUUUGGAUUUGGACUAGAGUUCUUAAUCUUCUAAUUUUUUUUUUAAAAAUCCACAUCUCACUGUAAUAAAUACUCAGGAUAUCCAUCAUGUUCCUUUUGGGUAAUAACCACUAGUCUCAGUACAAGAAGAAAUUGAGAGUCAUUGCCACUUUGUGGAUGGGAGGAAGUCUCUGAAUAUGCCAGACCGUGGCCUUUAUGAUGCAGUCAUAGUUAAGUGAGAGUGUGUGCUCAUAUCAUGGUUAUUUAUUUUUUUUAAGCAGCUGUUGCUGGUUUUGCAUUAGUAGUGUGCCCUGAAGUGGAGAUAAAAUUGUGGUGUUUGGCACUGCAUUAGCAGACAGCUGCUGUGUUAGGGGGAAUAGUACUUGUUCCUAUUCAAGUAGUUAGGCUCCAAAGAAAAGUACUACCUCAUCUUUAGGUUGGGAUGAUGUGGUUGCAAGGUCAGGAGAAAUGUAUCUGUGCUAGAUUUUGUUCUGCAUGUAUUACCUGGAUAGGAGUCUUUCCUCACUGGAACUGGGCUCUGGAAGUUGUAAAGCUUUUGUAGAGGAGUGGGGUGUUAGGACAGAUGGUUGCGGGUGAAAACUGUGUGUCCCUGUAGUAAAUUGCUGCUCAGAGUAUUCUUUGACUAGGCCUGGGACUUGCCUGUACUAAAACUACAAUUUUUUUCUGUAUGGUUUCCUUUCAAAAAAGUGCUGUGUUGCAGUUCUUGUAAGUUCCUGGCAUUGGUAUCUAAAUAAAAAAACAAUUUCUUUUUCCGCAGAAAUAUUGGAAGCAGUCUUCUGUGUGCAAAGGCAGGCUUUCUCAAGAUAAAAGUUAAUACUGUAUCUAUAAACAAAGGUGUUUUAUUCUAGUGGUAAAAUCUAAGCUGUCCAAGGCACUUUAGUUUGUGAUUCCUGACUUUUGUUUUGGCAGGUGUUUCAGAUGAAAUCUAAGCCUCCUGUGGAGGAAGAAAAAAAAUCACCUGACAGCUGUAGACUGUUUCUUUCCUGCAGAAAUACAGCAAUUUCCUCAAAUGCAAGUAAAAAUGGAACAAGCAUCCUUCAGCUUUUCUGAAGCAUAUAUUUACUUUCAAUACCUUGGUGAUUGCUCUUGUGUAUUUAGAGAAUCUACAAAGCCUCAUUAUAGGUUGGUUGGGUGUCUAGCUGGUUAUUCCGAUGUUUUCCUGAUCCUAGUGAAGGAAGCCUGUUCAAAUUUGGAUCAAAAUUAUAAAUCCCCUGGUUAACAAGAAUGGCCAGAGUGCAGAUUUGUUGAGCAUGAAUCCAAGUGAUGAUUUUGAAAUCAUUACACUAUGUUGGUGUAAAUUGGAGUUUAUCAUUGAAAGAACCUCAGAUACAAAGACGUUCAUUGGGUUUUUUUGCAGGUUAUAUUUUAUUCCUGUAUUAGCUGUAUUAUUGCUUUGUUGUAUAUCUCAAGGUGUUUACAUAUAUUUGUAAUUGUUACAAUGUGUCUGUAAUCAAGCUCAUCUGUGCCUUCAUGCAGACUUCCAAUAAACACUUGAUUUUUUUUUUUA